AUGGAGGGGGAGAUGAAAAACUUCGUAUUUGUAUGGACAACAGUCUUGGCAUCUCUCCUUUUCUGCCGCAAAAUCAGUAAAGUUAUAGCACCAGGUCCUUUGUACUCAAAGCCACCCCUCCCUUUGUCCAAAUUCAUCCUCACUGCUUGCGUCCCGAUCAAAAUCAGCGAUAAAUCCCAAUCUAAGAAGAUAUCGACUCAAGUUAAUGGAAAAUCGAAUCCGGAAGCUUCCGAAAGUGAAAAACCAGACAAAUCUCAAGCUAACGGACACCGAUCGGAGAUCGGAGCAGGUGGAGAUUCAAAAAAGGGAAAGAAAUCGCCGAUCAAUUACCCCAUCAAGUUUGUGGUGUUUGUUUUGUUGCUGAAGAUUUAUGAAUAUGGAGACCAGUUACACCCUCUGAUGAAAAUGGCUCUGUUUUGUGUUCAUAUUUAUGUGGUUCUAGAUGUAGGUUUAGCCAUGGUGGCGUAUUUAGCUCGAGCUAUUGUUGGUUUCGAGCUCGAACCACAGUUCGAUGAGCCGUAUCUGGCUACAUCUCUACAAGAUUUUUGGGGAAAGAGAUGGAAUCUAAUGGUUACAGGUAUACUACAUCCAACGGUGUACCUUCCCGUCCGAUCAAUCUUUGGUAGAUUUCUAUCGAGAGAUUUAGCCUCGCUUCCGGCAGUAACGGCCACGUUUAUCGUCUCCGGUUUGAUGCACGAGUUAAUAUUUUAUUACCUUGGACGACUAAAACCUACAUGGGAAGUCACAUGGUUCUUCGUGAUUCACGGCGUGUUGGUGAGUGUGGAGUUGGUGGUUAAAAGGGCGGUGGGUGGAAGAUUCCGUCUGCCGGCGGUGGUUUCCGGGCCGCUGGCGUUGGGUGUGGUGAUGGCCACCAGCUUCUGGUUAUUCUUUCCGCCGUUCUUGCGGUGUGAGACGGAACUCCGGUCGUGUAAAGAAUUUGUUGCGUUCAUGGAACUUGUUGUUCGUGGAAGAUUUGUUGGUCCAAAUGACGUAUCUUGCCCUUACUAUUGA